AUGAACAACUGGUGCCAGCAGGAGCUGCGUCCCCUGGCGCCGGUGGAGAUCGUGGUGCGGCCGCUGGAUCCCAUGGCUAGCGCGGCGUCGGCGGCGGUGGCGGGAGCAGCGGAUGGCGUGGCCAAAGUGCGGCGACCGGGCGUCGACAUGGACGCGCAGCUGGCCAACCGCGAAGUGCAGCUGGCCGUGCGGCCGCCCUCCGUGGUGGCGCAGCGGCGAGGCUCCUCCAUGCUCGCCAUCACCUUGCCGCAGACUCGCUGGUUGCUCUCGAAUGGCAACCCAGAUGAGAGACUCCCUGCCGGCAAAGGCGACGCGGAGGCAGCUGCUGCGGCCUUCAAGAAGAAGAACCGCACGCUAGGCGAUGACGCCCUCAGCACGAUCCUGUCGGCGCUCUACGCCAAGCUGCUGGUGGUGGUCGGCAUAGCUAUGCCCAUAACGGAGGUGCUCUCUGCAGAGGUGCAUGCAAACUACUUCCAGGGAUUCUACCUGUAUCUCUACGUUGGAAGUAUUCUUUACAUGUGCUUCAUUUACAUGAUUCUGCUGAAGAGUCGCGCUGUCUACAAAAUCAUCAACAGAUUCGGUAAGCGUCGCUCGUUGUCGGCAGCCCAUGUGGCGCGCUACGGCAGCUUCUACCUGCGACUGGGCGCCACCGCGUUCGGCAUCGGCAGCAUGGUGUACUCGGGGCUGGAGUUCGGCCAGUUCUUCGAGCUGAACGACGACACCGACUGCGCCAACGUUCUACAGGCCGUGACGCCCGCCGCGCGAAUGCUGUUGACUCUACUACAGAUGCAGUUCAUCUUCAUGAACAGCAAGGACCUGAAGCUGAACGAGUACCGCGUGGUGUCCCGCCUGGGCCUGAUGCACAUGACGGCGACAAACCUGUGCGAGUGGCUGUACGUGCUGGUCGAGGAGACCAAGCACGAGAUCGUGCACCUCGCCAUGCACGGCGACCACCACGGUGAUGACAAAGGAAUCAUGGGCUCGCUGGUGCAGAACGCGGCGCCCUUCCUGUUCCCCUGCACCAUCGAGUACUCGCUCAUCUGCGCCGUCGUCAUGUACGAGAUGUGGAAGCACAUCCAGCCGGCGGGCGGCCGCUCCGCCAAAGACGCCUACCGCAAGACCAGCCGGCAGGUCAGCACCACGAGCGCACCCUCCAUCGCCGACGAAGACGAGUCCGACUCUCGCGGGGAGGGCAAGUCACCGCUCCCCCACCCAGGAGGGGUGGAUGGUCAUGGCCUUCCUCGUCCCUCGAGCCGCCUAUCCGUCGACUGCGCCAAGGCGCACAAGGGGCUGUUCGGCGGCAUCUUCGUGGUGGUGCUCACCAUAAUCUCGCUCAUCCUCUUCUUCGUCCUCCACAAGGAUGACGACUACCGGGAGGCGGCGGAGCAGCAGGUGACCAUCUCAGAGAUCUCGCUCUAUGUGAUCUGCUCUGUGGCCACCAUCAUUUGCAUGCUGCAGCUGCGGGAACUCAGAUACUACCGCACGCUACCCGGUCACCACGGUGGCUCGGGCCUGGGGCUGGACAACACGCUGCUGCUGAUCGCACAGUCAGGCAUGUUCCUGUACUGCACCUUCUCGGUGGUGGGCUGCGCGUUCGAGUCGUCGCCGCUGCGACUGGCCACCGAGGUGGCCGGGCUGUUCCAGACGGUUCUGCAGACAGUGUGCGUGCUGGACGGCUCCAGGCGGCGUUGCCGCUCGGGAGACCAGGCGCGCCGCAAGCCGGGGCGCGAGCUGCUCACCUUCCUGCUGGUGGCCAACGCCGCCAUGUGGCUGGUCAACGUGCUGCACAAGGGCCACGCCGAGUUCCGGCCGCAGCACCUCUCCUUCUUCGGCAUCUGGGCCUGGGCCAUCAUCACGCACGUCUCCAUGCCUCUCGCUAUCUUCUACAGGUUCCACUCCACCAUCUGCAUCUUCGAGGUCUGGAAGACCGCCUACAAGGUCAAGCACGUCUCGUAG